AUGAAUAUAUUUCUCUCUUCUGAUUUUGAUCCUCUUCAAAUUCUCAAUGAUUCCUCGAUUCAACCUCCCAUAACCAAUGUAAAACCUUAUAAAACAUUUUCUGCACUGAAAUUGAAUCAAUUAUUGGCUCGUCCUACAAAUCAGAAAUCCAAUCAAACAAAUUCUUCCACUAGGAGCACAAGUGAUAAUAACAAAUCCGAACCACAACCAAGUGGUUCUAAUGAUUUCGGUCAAGACAAAACUUCAAAUUCCGAAAUUGAAUUUACUUUGAAAACCACCAAUAAUACUUCAAUGAACGAGUCUAUAGCAACCUCUCAACCUGUGAGCAAUUCAAUCAUGGAAAGAAAACCCAGGCUUGAUGAACUACCUCCGUUGCAACCGAAUGAAACCUACGAAUACUUUUUAGAGAGAAAAUAUUCUCAAAAAGAUCAUCCCUACCAAUUAUUAUAUGAUUGUUUUGUGAACAAAUCAAGAGUAAUGGUUCGUGUGAGAAUGGGACGGCAUCAUGAUCAACAUUACUCAACAUUGUUUGGAACUCUUUCAGGAUUUGACAAAUUCUUUAAUUUGAUUCUCCUUAAUGUGGAUGAAGAAUAUUACCAAGUAGAAACCAUUUACAAGAAACAGAAAACACUGGAUAAAGAAAAAGGAAUUACCAAUCGAAAACCUCGUAAUCGAAAGCGAGCUGUCCGAACUUACAUCCCAAAACAGAGAAGUUUUCCACUACUUUUUGUUAAGGGAUGUCAUGUGAUUUUGAUUAGUAGAGCGAAUGCAAUUGUGAAUGAUGAAAGAUUCACUCUCCAUUGA